CCAGCUGCUUCAUCUCUGUGGCUUUGCUGUGUCGCUCGUGUUCGUCGUCCUUGCUGUCUCUCACGCUCCAUCUCUCUGCUGUCGCCGUCCGUGAGAGUUUUCAUUCUGCUUCCUCUGUCCAUCUUCCCCUCCAUUUCACGCCAGAUCGGGCUUCUUCGCAGUCCUCUGCCCAUCUAGACCCCGGGUCACCGGACUUGGUUCCGUCCUUGGUCACGGCGGUGCUCGAGGUUUGGGGUUCUUCGCUGCCGCUCGGAACUCUCUUUGCUCGCGAUCCAGUUCUCAAGUUAAAGCAGUCUGCUGUUAUCAAUUGGAGUAUGCAGAAGUCCUCAACAUGCAUUAGACGUUUUCCUUUCAUUUUAAAGAUAUGUGAUCUGGUGUAGGCAGAUAUUGGAAUUUGUAUGAACCGAAGAGGUGGCUUUUUUUCUUCUUCUCAUGUAAUGUGAAAAUGUUAUGCAUCUACGAUGGGCGAUGAGGGUUACUUUAAAAUGACUGUGAUGUGACCCUGGACAUGGAUGCCAUGAAUUGAUCGAUUAGCCUCCUCUUAGCUGUCCUUUAUUGGCAAGCCUUUGAAUGUGCCAUGGAGAUUCUCAUGUGUUCAAGUCAUAUUACCUCCUGAAGUUUCUAGGACUCAAGUUUUUGUAUAAUAGACCUUAGACCAGUUUUGGCCAUCUUGAAGAUUGCAGGCAGUACUGGUCCUGGUCCUUUGUGGGAGCAUCUUAUUGUGGUUUUGUUGGGCUCUCAAGUAUUGAUGCCAGGAGAGAGUAUGCGUGGAAUUGGUGUUCCAUGUGAUGCUCCUGACCGGUUUCAGUGUCGAUGCAUUUGGCACAUUGACCAUAUCUCUUGUGAUCUUGUUCCAUAUUUUGGCUAUACCAUGCAUCUUCCUAGUUGUCCGCUUGCGUUCACAGAUUCGGCAAAGGGAUUUUCUCAAGCUUGGUUUCUUUAAUGGGCCCUACACCACCCGCAUUUUUCUCGUUAUAAUUGCAAUUUGUUGGAGCUUAAGUGAAAUUGCUAGGCUAAGUUUUUUGAAAAGAAGUUUGGGCUUCAGUUUGACAUGGCAGAGGACUUUGUGCAAGCUUUACAUCCUCUUCAAUCUUGGCUUUUCAGAGCCUUCUGUCCUCCUUACAAUUUUGUUCCUUCUACGUGCCUCUUUGCAGAAGAGGGAAUCAGGCGCUUUGUCCUGGGGAUGGAACAAAAAAACCAUUGGGUAUAUUUUCAUUUUCUCCCUUCCAAUUUUUCUUAUGCAACUUACCCUGGGUUUUGCUGGGCCCAGGCUUUUUCGCAUCACAAAGGGUAGUGGAAAGAAGGACAAAUACUUCACAAAAGCUAGUGUCUUGGUCGGAGAGAAUUGCAUAUGUAUUUAUCCUCUGUUUAGCACUAUUCUUCUGGGGAUUUUUCAUGCAGUCCUCAUCAGUUAUAUCACGUGCAUUGGCAUGCGGGUGUACUCUUCAGUGAUCAACAAACAGCUUCUCCGACGGAUCUUUUGGCUGGUAUCCUCUGUUAUUUUUUCUCUUCCAGCGAGGGUACUUCUCCUAGGUUUCUCUGUCCUACCUCAAUCAGGCAACUUGACAUGCGAGCUGAUUGUAUUCUUGGCCUUUUUGAACAUGUUGUUUUGCACAGUGGUCGGCAUUAUUGUAUUGGUCUACUUGCCAGUGGCAGAUUCUAUGGCUCUGCGAAGAAAUCUAGAGGGUAGAGGGAUAAUAGACAUUCCAUAUGAUGAUUAUUACAACGACAGUGCAGCCCUUGUAGCCAACCAGAGCUGCAGUCGGGACACCAGGAGGAGCUCUGAUGUAUCUACAAAGCCUGGUUCAAUAUCUUUUAGGACGAUGAUCAUGGAUGACCUUCCUGGCUCAGAUGAGAUAAGCUUGUCCGUCCCUCUGCAAAUUGGUUCUCCUUCAGGUUCUUCAACACCGUUAAGGCACAUUCUUCCACUUAGAGAAAUCCCUAGAUACUAAGAAGAAGUUCAAAUGUGCUGUCAUAUUAUUGACAUUUAUGUUUUUUUUUUUUGGUCGCAUCUAAACGCAGUUGUACAAUAUUCAAAUUUUUGUAGGCAUGGUUGUUCCAUUCGUUAUCUUA